AUGGAGGGUUGUGAUUAUUGGGAAGCAAUUAAGAAGGAUUAUGAAAUUGCUCCAGUUCCUGAUAAUCCAACGAUGCAUAAGAUCACGACUCACAAGGAGAGGGUCACCAGGAAGGAAAAGGCUYGAGCUUGCCUAGAUGCAGCUGUGUCUCCCGCCAUAUUCAACAGAAUUAUGGCAUUGAAGUCAGCAAAGGAGAUCUGGGAGUUCCUCAAAAAUGAGUAUGAAGGGAAUGAGAGGAUUAAAGGCAUGAAGGUGUUGAACUUGGUGAGGGAAUUCGAGWGAAUGCAGAUGAAGGAUUCUGAGUCCAUCAAAGAGUAUUCAGACAAGUUGAUCGGGAUUGCUAACAAGGCAAGAGCAUUAGGAACUGAUCUAUCUGAMAAUAGAUUGGUUCAGAAGAUUCUGGUUUCAGUACCUGAGAGAUAUGAAGCAACCAUUGCUUCCUUAGAGAAUACUAAAGACCUCUCCAAACUCAAAGUGAUAGAAGUUGUUAGUGUUUUGCAAGCACAGGAGCAGAGGAGGUUGAUAUGGCAAGAAGGAAGCAUGGAGGGGGCGCUGAAAGCUAGAAUGCAGYAGGGAGAAGGUGGAAGAGAGACGAAGUGGAAAGGGAAGAAGGCGAGUGGUAGUAGUAGCUCAGAAUUUGCUUCAAAGGAUGUUGGUAGUGCAUGCAAGCACUGCGGGAARCACAAUCAUCCACACUUCAGAUGCUGGAGAAGACCAUAUGUGAAGUGUAGAAGCUGUAAUUUAUUGGGACACAUUGAACGAUUUUAUAAAGGUGCCAAGACCCAACAACAAGGAGGAGCACAUGCUGCAGUACAGCAAGAGGAAGAUCAACUCUUUGUGGCCACCUGUUUCUCAUCAACCAAUCAAUGUGAUGGUUGGUUGGUUGAUAGUGGGUGYACCAAUCAUAUGACAAGUGAUAAAGAGUUGUUCAAGGACCUUGACAAGUCAUUUAAGUCAAGGGUGAAGAUCGAAAAUGGUGAGUAUCUAGAAGUGAAAGGGAAGGGCACAGUGUCAAUAGAGAGUUGUGUUGGAACCAAGUUGAUUAAUGAAGUGUUGUUUGUUCCUGAGAUUGAUCAAAACCUGUUAAGUGUUGGUCAACUAGUAGAUAAGGGAUUUAAAGUGUUGUUUGAAGACAGGAAGUGCCUCAUUUCUGAUUCCAGUGGGAAUGAGUUGUUUAGAAUAAAGAUGCAGCACAAGAGCUUUCAGGAAGUGCCUCAUUUCUGA